AGCUCCAUUACUGUUACCGCCUUGAUCCGAUGCCUCGGACGCAGAAAAUUACCGAGAUCAAACCGGACCUGCGCACCCGGAUCACGUCACCGCGCCAUGGCCCGACCAUAAAUUGCCUGACGCCGCCGCUCCGGGCCUGCUCCUCCACUCCAGCUCCAGCGCUCUGCCUCUGCUCACGCCACGCCACCACCGUCCACCAAGAAACACCGCGCGGCACGGCAAUGCCCAACCCCUCCUCGUCCUCGACCCCGUCCCCGCCACCGGCGCCCGACGCCGCCGCCACUCGGCGCAGGCGGCGGCGGCGCCGGCAGCUCCUCCCGCCGUCGUCCUCCUCCUCGUCCUCUGCGGUCCCGACCUCGGCGGCCUCCGGCGCCUCGGCGUCCUCGGCUUCCUCCUCGGCGUCGUCCUCCGCCUCCUCGGGGCUCUCCUUCUCCUUCCCGUCCUUCUCGCCGGCGCCCUCGCCGUUCCACCACCGGUUCCUCUCCCCGCUGCGCGCCUCCGCUGUGCCCUUCUCCUGGGAGCACCGCCCGGGCAUCCCCAAGACCCCCGCGCGCCAGGCGGCGCCGCGCGGCAAGGCCAGGGCGUCGGCGUCGGCGGCGCUGCCGCUGCCGCUGCCCCUCCCGCCCUCCCUCCUCUCCAGCAAGGUCGGCGCCGCCGACGGCCCCUUCCCCGCCGCGGACGGCUACCUCGUCGUCCCCGGCGACGCGAAGAAGCCGAGGCGUCCCGGGCGGCACCGGCAGCGGCGGCCGCCGGCGCUGGCCGCCACCCUGACCGACUGGCUCGCCGUGCUGAGCCUCUACCGGUCGUGCACCCGCUCCCGCGACUGCCUCGCCGGCACGCCGCCGCCGCGCCGGCCACGCUCCCCGGCGAAGGCCGUGUGAUCGCGCGCGUCACAUACUACUAGUGAGUUCGCCGAUACAUCGAUGGCGCCCUGCGUCUGCGUGUGUGCGUGUGGGGUGCUGGCCCCGAUUAAGAAUGUGCUUAGGAUUAAUCACGCUUGCCUUGACGCUGUAAUUAAGGUGGUUUGGCGUUUCCCCCAUGUGCGCGUUGCUCUGCUUGUUUCCUCCAGGCAAUAAUUGAUUAAUCCAUCCCGCACGGUGAUUACUGACGGACUUGGUGUGCCGGCAGCUGCUUGCCGGUGAACGGUGAUGUACUGAUGCCGCAUGCUUGGGUCCCUCCGUUAAUUAGGUUGUAAGCUUGGUCACUGAUUGGCAGCAAGCUGCUGCUACUGUGUUCCAUGGGAGCAAAAAAAGGGCAGAAUAAUGUGCCUUUUGUUUGUGGCAAGAUGGACAUGAUACUGUCCUUCCUCUGACAC